CUUGACAAUUUAGUGGCAUCGCUUAAUUAUUUUGUUCAACACGGUGGUUUUGCAAAUGCCUGUACCAGCAUGUUCAUUUCACAUAUUGCCUUAGUCUCUAUUCUGAUAGAAUUAUCUAACGCACACUAUGCAGAAGUAGAAGCUCCAUGGAUAAUACCACGACACAAAGCACACUCGUUCCUCAAAGCUCCUACUAGAAACAAAAGAAGUGACCCCGUUUGCAAUACAAAUGAGGUUUAUUGUGAGGCAAACAAAGACAGCUGUAUGCUGCACAACGAACAAUCUCGGGAGCAUUAUUGUGGAUUGGGUCAUACCUGUACUGCAACACAAGCUUGUUACCUAUCUACACCCUGCCCAGCACAUUACGCGUUAGGCUGUACAGAUAACGGGUGUCUAUCAUUUCCAUGCCAUAACGGAGCCACGUGUGAAGACACAAGUACUAGCUAUAACUGUCUAUGUGUUCCAGGCUGGGAUCCAGCAACUGACUGCGCUACAGAUUUUAACGAAUGUCUGGUUGUUCCCUGUUUAAAUGGAGGGUCGUGUAACAAUCUAUUUAAUGAUUUCACGUGUGACUGUACCAGCAGAUACGAAGGAAGUGUUUGUGAAAAAGACUGCAGACCAGGUCCUGCAGAUAUCGUAUUUGUAGUUGACACAUCUGACAGUUUGCAAAACGGUGUUAAUAAAAGCGUCGACUUCAUUAAUGAAUUUAUCAGCCAAGUUUCUAUUGGUCCAAAUGAUUUCCAAAUUGGCGUAAUAACCUACAACUUUGAUCCCACAGUUCUGUUCGAUCUAGAUGAUUACACUUCGGCUUCUGAUAUGUCAUCUGCUUUGGACACUCUUAGGGGAGAAAAAGCAGCAACGUACACAGCCACUGCUUUACGACAGGCUAGAGAGAUGAUAACUAGCUAUUCUAUGGGAUCACGUGGCACAGCAAGCUACAUUGUACUGAUGCAUGACGGUCUGUCAACUGACAGGAACGAGGCUUUCUACGAAGCACAGAUAAUAAACUCUAUGGGUAUACGUAUUCUAUCAGUAGGAAUCGGACAGUCGAUUGCAUAUACAGAGAUGUUGACUAUUUCGAACAGUCCGUUUUAUACUUACAGUCCAAAUCAUCUAGAUGAUAUGUAUAACCAGAUUCUCAAAGAAACAGUUCAUACUGAUUGUACAGAUUGCAACAUAGAAGAAGAUACUCAAGUAAUCAUUCUUCUUGACACAAGCGGCAAUCAGACGAUUGAUGGUUAUAACGAUCGGCUUUUAGCCACGCGUAACUUCAUAGACAAAGUAUUGACGUACAAUCCAAGUUCUAAAAUUGGAAUGUUUUCAUAUUCCGACGAACCGGAAGAGGUGUUUUCUAUAACAUGGUCAGGUGACAAAGAUAAGCGUAUCGCAGCAGCGCUACAAAUUGACCUUGACAAUUAUUUAUCAUCAAACCUCAGUCAUGCUUUGCAACAUUUACGAAUAAGUAAUCAGUUCACAUCAUUAAGAAAGAUGAUGGUUAUUGUCUCAGAUGGAAAAUGGACUGAUAUGGAUCAAAUAAAUAAGGAAGUCUCGUAUACUGAACAAGAUGGUAUAGAAGUAGUUGGCGUUGUUGCUGGAGAAGACAGCUUAGUCCAAAAUUAUCAGACAGUUUUAAAUGAUCCUAGUCAAGUGUUUUAUACAGCAGACGGUGACUUCAGAGCAUUAGACUCGCUCACUGCAAUGACAAAAUAUUAUGUUUGCGUUGACAAUAUAUUUAGUAUGCGACAAUAAGUGCACAUGUAUUACUUUUUUUUAUGUUUGUUAGAAAAAAAAAGUCCAAUUUGAUAAAUUCAGUUUUGCAUGAGAGAGUUGGAAAAAUAGUUUCUUAAUUUUUUUUGAAGUUAUGAAGAGAGAAUAUGAUAUAAAAGAUAUCGGAACCAAACACUGCCUACUGAGCUGUUAGCACUAUCGGACACUAGGAAUCCAAAAGCUAAAAUAUCAGCCUUGUUCUAGUUUAUAAGAAUAAUACUUUUGAAUUGUUUUUUUUUUUUCAUCCGAAAAGCUUAUCUAGAACGUUUAAAGCUAAAAAAAUGUUUAAGGCAGGAAUAUACUAGUUAUUCAAAAUGAUUAGUUAUAAGACAAAACCGGGCCUCACAUGAAAAGUCGAAUUCAUCAUAGUUCAACAUUGGGUGAGGGAUUGGGGACCUUCGUUUCUAAAUAUUUUGUUUAAAAUUUAUUUACGGAGGGUUUGAGGAAAGUGUUUUAUAAAUAAUUUCAUUUCAGAAGCACUGAUUAGCUAAGUAUUUGACCUAAUAUUUUAUGAUCUAUUGUGAUAUUUUUCCUGCAAACAGAAAUGAACUUGCGGGUAAAUAUGUGUAUUUAAAAUUUGUGUAACCUUUAAUCUAAGUAUUGUAUGGAUUGCACAUUCAGUUUCAAAAGUAGAAUAGAAAAUGCAUUGUCGGGAUGACCUAUUGAUAUUAUCAAUUAAAUUAUUUUCAAAAUCCACAUAGACAGUAUUCUGUCAUUGGUCGAUUCAGAAAUCUCUAUGAGAUUUGAGAAAAUAAUAUACAAGUACUUCUGAUUGAAUUUGAAUUUUUCCUGUAUAACAAUUAAACUAUUAUUUAUAAGUGCAUACGUGGUUAAAGCUGUUAUUGGUAUUAAAUUAUACAUACGAAAUACAGUGCAUAAUAUAUUGUAAUGGUUUAAGGAAAACAAACAAAACUAACACGUUUUAAAUUCCAUGCGUCCGAAGCGAUUUUCUUCACCGAAUGCUUUAAGCCGAUUUUUUUAAAGCUACGAAUGCAUAAUAAUAUAAACAGUUGAGUAGAUAUGUGACCAUAAGUGACAUAAACAUAUAGCCAAAUUUAUCUAAAGUCAACUCUGCUUGAGGGAGUUAAAACCUUAGUUUCUUUUACUUCAAACAUUCAUAAACGGGCAAUUUUAGAAAAGUUUGCUAUAAAUCAUGUCUACAGAAGUAAAGACUACUGACCGAUUGAACCCCUCGGGGAUUGAUAGUCCACUAGCAGAGGUAUCGACCUAGUACUGCAUUUUUUAAAGGCAAGCAUUUAAUAAGAUAAAUUGGUAAAGAGCUAUAUGAUCUAAAUGUGACAAAUGCUGCCAAAUUUACAAUAUAUAUGGAGAUAAAAUCUUAUAAUUUCAAAAUUUAUGAACAUACAAUGUUAGAAAAGUUACGGUUAGUCAAUGGAUCCACUAUAACGGACUGUUGGCUUCUAUAAGUGUUAGCAGUAACUAUAAAAUAAUGUGUUUAGAAUUAACACAAUAAUGCUCGCAAUACUAUUACAUUUUUGUUUAUUGAUUGUAACAGUUAUUGAACUAUAUUGAUUUGAAUAAUUAUGAUGUCUAUAAACGUUACCACGUUUGA